AUGCUAGAACCCACUUUGCAGGCCACUGCCGGUCCGAGUGGCGUCGAGAACGGAUCAGCGACAAACUCGGCUGCGGAAGACGAGGACAACGCUGCAGAAGGGGCUGAGGCCGCGCCGACCCCUGAAACCGAGAAAUCGUACAAGAUCUGGAUGAACGGCGAAUGGCAGAAGAGCACGUUGCGCGCGAUCGGCCUUCAGUUGUUCAUCGGUCACUGGGACGGAACACACUGCAGGCUCCCUCGCGCGCCUGUCAAGCACUUCGUCGUCGUCCAUACGAAUGGGAUUCAUGAAGUGGACGUGCGUUUCUGCGGCUGUUCCACGGAACUAGUACCCGUGCGAGAUCAACUGAUGUCAGUGCAUUGGUUCCCGGCCACCGCCGAGAAACCUCGCAUGGCGGCAACGUUCGACGUAUUAGAACAGUUUGACGCGAAUUGUGGCGCGGGCAAGCAAAACGCGUACGAUUUCUACCGCGCACUCGAGCAUCUGACGGACGGGGCGGGGUUGCAACACUUACCGGUGCGAAUAGAGGAUCGUUCAAAGGACUUCUUUCGCAUGGCGCACGAGUAUCGCCACAUCCUGGCUCUGAAGAGAGGCGGGCGGGGUCACGACGCUGCAACUGCAAAAGAUCAUGAUCCGAUCAAGAGUACUGCGUACGGCGAGCUUGCAGUGCUCUGCCCUGCCUGUCCGCACGAAGGGAUCAAUACAGGUGUUGUGGACAAGAUGCGUCUCCUGUCUCCUGAAUUGGCAGAUGCCGCGCCGCUGUUCAACGAGCUGGUUCAGCUUUCAAUGGACUGUAACUUCAGGGCGAAGAACAGAAUGACGCGCUCGACACCGGAGUCCAGUCCGUACCUUGGGGAUGGUAUGGCUUACAUGGUGCCCGAGAGUCCGUACGAAGAUUACACGCGCGACUGUGCAAACGAUCAAGAGCUUAGCAGCUGCUCGCGCUUCGGGGCGAAUAUCCUUGCGAAUCUCAAGUCGGGUAAGGGCUUGAGGACUACCGGCGUGGGAGCCGUCUUCUGCGCCCGCCACGAGUUCUUUUGGCCAAAUUCUGUCGGUACGCUUGUCAAGGGUGAAAGAUACAGCACGAUGGAUUUCAUAUUAUCUGCGGCGGUACGGCGUGUCAGAGCCCCGAGUCUUCAUCUUUACUACGACAUCGUGUGCCAAUAUCACCGCAACCUGAACGUACGCAUGCUCGAGGCGCAACCCAAAUCCUUCAUCGGCGUAGGCGCAAAGAAACUGUUGCACCAGAUUAACGUCAGCUUCGGGAUCCCCAAGUUUCACAAUCCGGGUCACCUCGUCAUGUGCCAGCUAUGGUUCAACCUGGCGUACCUGCGUGCAACAGGGCAGACAGACGGCGAAGCUUCGGAAAGAGCGUGGGCCGGUCUGAAUCCAGCAGCCUCAAGUCUACGAGAGAUGGGUCCGGGAGCCAUGCGUGACACUAUCGAUUUCUUCUGCAGCGUAUGGAACUGGCGGAAGUUCGUGAAUAUGGGUGGCUUCCUGUUGAAGAAGCUGGCCGUGGCGUUUAAGGAAGCGCGCGAGCACGCCGAGAUAUACACGGGCAUGGAGAAGAUGGUCCGAAAGGAGAACUCCGCGACUGCGGAUGCGUGGAUUGCUGGGCCGGUGAAGUGGGAAACGCGCAACGCUUUAGACGCGAUGGGGAAGCAAAUCACCGAAGGACCAGAUGUCGUCCCCAACCCGUACGAGUCGCAAGCGAAGAAGCAGUCUCUUAACAAAGCGCGCUUAGUGAGUGCCCAGCUUGCGGCGCAGGCCGAGAAGGAAGCCGCAGAGAAGCAGGCGGAGCGGCUUGCAUCAGGCGCCGAGACGGAAGCGGACGGUAACUCAAAGCCCGAAGCGGAAGGCAAGGCGGCUCAAGCGGCGGCGACGACGAACUUCCUGAUGCGAGGUUUGAAGAUAGAGGUUCUACAAGUGCGCGCGCGGCGGAGAAAGGCGACUCAAACGAUCCUACAGACUGCUGAGCGGAUAGAGCAACGCACAGCGCUUGAGCGCGAGCUGCGUCUGUUCCGGAAGGACCAACAGUGGAUGAUGCCGCUUGUGUUCGCCGCUGUGCAAGAGCUUGAGGGUGUCGAAUCUAGAACUCGAGGCGAUGGCGAGGACGAAGACGAGGACGAGAUGGCGGCGGAGGAGAAAGAGGCAGCGGCAGCGGUGUUGUUCCUGCCUUCCGAGCUCGACAAAGAGCUAGCUCGAACGGCACCCAUUCUUGACGUCAUGCUCAAAGAGCUCGAUAUACGCCUCGCCGGCAUGGAAGAUUGGCUGGACGCCCUGCGCCAGCAACUCCGGGUGCGCGGGACGGUUUCGCAAUGGAAGAUCUCCUACUCGGGAGGUCAGCGUAUGGCCACGCGGACGAUCAACAAACAACGCAUCAUCGAAGAGAACAUCGUGGUCGCGCGAGAGAUGUACACGCUCCAUCGGGAGAGGUUUGUCAGGUUGUUGUCGUAUCUGACGGAUGAGGAGCGUGAAGCGCGCGUGCCGUCGGACUGGGAUUACAACUUUCAGGAGCUUCUGGAUAGCGACUGCCGUCCUCUGAAUAACAGUUUGCUUCUAGCCAUCGACGCAGUGGAAGUUCAGAACGCCAAGAAGCUGAUCGCUGCGCGAAAUGAUGGUGUCGCGUCGGGCGCGAGUAGUUAUCGCAUCCCAUGGAUAUGGUACAGGGUUGCAGAGGGUACGGAAAUGGAGCUGAACGAGGACAUGCGUGUUGAGUUCGUUAAGUGCCGCGCGCGAUCUAUACGCUGGGUGGAGGAGGUGUACAAGAUUGCGUACGAGAUGAUGCGGGUGCCAGCAUUCUGCACGUCGAGAUCGGGAUGGUGGACGGCGAGGUCGAAGGUUCGCAUUGACGAUAUCGACGAGGUCUUACAGGAUGGGAUGCAGGCAUAUGCGAGGAAGCAAGCGACAAUGUUCCGACGGCACGCAGCGGGGCUGGAGGACGCUUUCGAGAGACCGCUCCAGGAGGUUGCGGACUUCGUGCGCGUUUUCGGGUUAGACGGGCUGAUCAAGAGAUCCUCGUCGUGA